AUGUCGCAUCCCAUACCGCAAAGGCCGUGGCAAAACAUAUCUAGUGAUCUAUGUGUGGUCUAUGGGAAAGACUACUUAGUGAUAGUUGAUGCGUACUCAGGCUAUUUCGAGAUAGCACUGCUUGAUGACACUACAAGUGAAACCAUAAUCAAACAUUGUAAAUCUAUAUUUGCGCGCCAUGGAAUACCUGACGAAUUCUUCACAGACAAUGGUUCUAAUCUAGUUAGCCGGAACUUUCAAGCUUUCGCAAAAGCAUGGGAAUUUAAGCUGGUGACAUCAUCACCAAGAUUCCCACAAUCAAAUGGACUAGUUGAAAAAGCUGUGCAGACCGUCAAGAAAAUUCUCAAGAGAAGCUUCUCCACAGGAGAAGACCCGUAUCUAGGACUUUUAGCAUACAGGAGUACACCACGUGAAGCAGACAUGGCAUCGCCUGCCAAGUUGCUUAUGGGUAGAAACCUGCGCACGAGGUUGCCAACGGCAACUUCACAACUCCUACCAGCGGAUGCAGUCAAAGUUCAGCAGCAGAUACAAACGCGACGGGAUACGGCAAAGGCAUUCUUUGAUGGGAAGUCUAGAGCACUCAAACCCCUAAACCCCGGCGAUAAUGUUAUCAUAACCUCUCCGGAUAAACAGGGAUCCCCAGGAAUUGUGGAACAGCAGACAUCUGAUCCGAGAUCAUAUCUGGUCAGAACAAGGAAUAACACUUUGCGACGUAACCGUAGACACCUCCGCCAGGUGCCCAGGGGCAGUAUCCAGGAAAAUGACCUGGAACAGGAAAUUGAAGAUGUAGACUCUGACGCAACAAUCUUUAAUGAAAGACUAGAAUCUCGUGAGAAUGAACUCCUCAUAAACACUACGCCUGACACCCCGCAGUUAGUUACAACAAGGUCAGGUCGUCUUGUCAGACCACCGGAUAGAUAUGGUCAUGAGUUCAACUUAUGCUAA